UCUACGUUCCUUUAUGCUUUAAAGCUUACACAACGGACUUCAAAACUUUUACAUGUGGUGUUAGUCAGUGAGUUGUUGUAAUCGAGUUAGAUCUUAUCAAAAACAAGCUAACUGAGUCAUAUUAGAGGCAGGUAACCAGAGCGAUCGGAUCACUGCGGUAUCGAAGGAGAGAUCAUGGCUCCAAGGAACCAGGUCAUCACGAUCAUAUGUUCAAUCGUAGCGGCGUUUAUCACGGAGGUGUCUUGCGAAUGUUCAUCAGCUGGAGUAUGUAUGCCCGGACCCGUGAAUGCAGCGCGUUUAGUGGACCACACGGUGAAUGCUACGAGUACGUGUGGCGAUCCACCGGCUGAGUAUUGCCGUCUUAAACCUCUCAACCAGUGUUUUAUGUGCAACAAAACCACACACACGGUGGAGAAAAUGACUGAUGGUAAUCUUGGAACGAGUUGGCAGUCCGUGACAUGGUGGGAAUGGUACAUUAAUAACAACUUCACGGACGAGCCUUUGAAGGUAAACGUGACGAUUUCCUUCAACAAGAGCUAUGCACUCACUGGAGAAAUUCGUGUCACUUUCAAGUCUCCUCGGCCCUAUAAAAUGAUUCUCGAAAGGUCCAUGGAUAAGGGCAUGACAUGGUCGCCUUUGCAAUACUAUGCAGACGACUGUAAUGAUCGAUUCGGCAUACCGAGCACGCCAGUGGAAAGCAUAACGGACGGUGACUUUAGUCUCCACUGCGUAGAGGAAUACAGCGAAACGACUCCUCAAGAAAAUGGCUUUGUGUUUUUCGAUUCCUUACGGCGUUAUACCAAGGGUGACUUUUGGAACAGGACGCUUCAAGAGUAUUUCACUGCCACUGAUCUUCGGUUACAGAUGUUAUAUCCCGGUACAGACGGGCUGGAAAACGUGGACAAUAAAGUGGAGAACAUUUUUAAUCAAUACUUCUACGGUAUCUCAGACUUGCGAGUCAAUGCUCGCUGUCAGUGCCACGGGCACGGAGAGUAUUGCGAUUUCCCAUAUUACGAAGGCAAGGACUGCGAUUGUGAGCACAACACCGAAGGUGAAGAUUGUGAAAGGUGUAAACCACUGUAUAACAACAAGACUUGGAUGCCAGCUACUUCUGACAGUGAACCUAAUCCUUGUGAAGAAUGCCAAUGUUACAAACACGCUGAUAGCUGCCAUUAUAAUAAGAGUCUAGACCAUGGUAUCUGUGACAACUGUUACCACAACACCACAGGGAUGUUCUGUGAGCAGUGCGUGGUCAAGUUCUAUCGCAACAUGAGCAAGCCCCUUGAUGAUCCUGAAGUGUGUCUACCCUGUAACUGCUUCAUGUUUGGAAUCACAAACAAUGGUACAUGCAAUCAAACAACAGGACAGUGUGAAUGCAAGCAAAAUGUGACAGGUCGGCAGUGUGAUGGAUGUGAAGACACUUUCUGGGGCUUUCAAUUACCUCCUAUAGGAAAUUGUCGUGAAUGCAAGUGCAAUGGAAAUGGCACUAAAAAUGGAAGUUUAAGCUGUAAUCAAGAUUUAGGCCAAUGCCCUUGCAAGGAAAAUAUUCAUCAACGUACUUGCUCUGAGUGCAAAGAUGGUUUCUACUCAUUUCCUAAAUCUGUUGAAGUGGACUGUCUUCAGUGUGACUGUGAUUAUGGAGGAAGCAUUGAGGAUAUCUGUGAAAAAAUAAAUGGAACUUGCUUGUGUCGAAGCCAUAUUCAAGGAAAGCGUUGUACCGAAGUUAGUAAGGGGUUCUAUGUUGCCUCUUUUUAUCAUCUGAAAUAUGAAGCUGAAGAUGCCAUGGGAAGUUAUGAAGCAACUUCUUACUUCACUGGAGUAGACCAAGUAUUUACUGGCAGAGGAUAUGGAAAGAUUGGAUUCAGUCAGUUCAUUUCUUUCACUGUUAACCUAUCCACAAGCUUCAGUGACUACUAUGUAGUCAUUCGUUACACCAGCAUCAAAGACGCCAACAUAACACUGAGGCUCUCCAUAAGUUCAUGCAAUGCAUCAGCGUGUCACACAACAAAUAAUUUUACAAUUUCUCAAUUACCCCACGGAGCUGGGUUAGCCUGGAGAUCCAAAGAAGCUGUUUCAUUUCUUAGCAGCCAAGAGUACCAUUUGAACUUGACAUAUGUCAGUGGAAUGUACCCAAACUCAACGAUACAAAUAGAUUCAUUAGGCUUGCUUCCAAAUGUGAGAGAAGUCAGGAUUUAUAAUAGCUCUGUUCAUGGUAUGACUUUACAGCAGAUCGAUGAUUGCUGGAGCAAUUCUACCACCAUUGCUGGAUCACAAAAUAGCUCUGACAUCUGCAGAAAUGUCACUUUCUCCACCAUGGCUGAAGUAUUUGAUGGAGCUAUUGCUUGUUCAUGUAACAGUACAGGAACUGAGAAUGGCACAACUUGUCAACAGCUUGGAGGUCAGUGUCAUUGCAAGCCAGGAGUAACAGGACAGUCAUGUGAUCGUUGCCUACCAGGCUUCUUCAACUUCACUGAUAGUGGAUGUACAGCUUGUAACUGCAGUGAGCUGGGAUCCUCAGAUCUGGUUUGUGAUCCUGUGACUGGACAGUGUCCAUGUAGGUCUGGUGUUGUGACAAGAACCUGCAGCAGAUGUGAUACAAACUACUAUGGUUUUCACACAGGACAGGGAUGCGUUGAGUGCAACUGCAAUGCAAGUGGCUCUGCAGAUCUUCAAUGUGACAGGAAUGGAGUCUGUCCUUGUAAAAACAGCACCACUGGUACUAAAUGUGACAUGUGUCGUGAAAACUUCUUCAAUUUUACAUCAGAGGGAUGCCAGCCAUGUAACUGCCAUGAGGGAGGCUCUAGUUCUCUGCAAUGUCAUCUAAACACAGGGAUCUGUACAUGCAAGUCCAACGCUGAAGGAAAUAAGUGUGGGAUGUGCAAGAAUGGAACGUACAAUAGUGACCCAAACAAUCCAGAUGGGUGCUCCCCAUGCUUCUGUUUUGGUCGAUCUGAUGUUUGCUCUUCAGCUCAAGGCUUUGUUAAAUCCUACAUAACAGCUGAUUUCUCACCAGAGAUCAUUUAUAAGGUUGACAAGUCUGAAAAUACUACAAUGAAGAGUUUGAAUGAUGGUGACACUGUUGAAAUCACAUUUCCACCCAACAGUUUUAUCAAGUUGACUUUAAUAGAAAACUUUGAAGGUAACCAACUCCAUUCUUAUGGUCAGUUGUUAGAGAUGAACAUGACUUAUGCUGAUGUGGACAGUUUGAAUGCAACUUGGAAUGUCACCCUGACAAACACCAAAGGGGAAACAGCAUAUUUUAACAUAGUACCUCAACCAUCCUUGUCAAACAAGCAAUUGUACACUACACAUUACUGUGCAUGUAGUUUUACAAUUUUACAACGUGCAAAUUACCAUGUUCCUAACAUACUUCCCCUUGUAGGAUACACUCGCCAGUCCCCCAACCUCAACAACACUCCCAAUGUUCUCAGCUCAUGUGUACUGUGCUCAUGCACUGGUCGUUCACAAGAGUGCUUUCCUGAGAAUGGUACAUGCUACAACUGUCGUAUGGGAUCUGAGGGUGAACACUGUGAGAGGUGUCAGCCUGGUGUGGACAACACAACUGAUUGUAGACGGUGUAUACCAGGAUUCUUUGGUUUAACUCCUUCAUCUGGUGGCUGCCGAGACUGUGAAUGUGUCCUUCCCAACACGCUGUACGGUAACAGUACCGUUUGUAACGAGACCACCGGCCAGUGCACCUGUAAACCAAGAAUUGGUGGCAGGCAGUGUGACCGAUGCCACGAGAACGCAUACAAUACCAGCAGAGGGUGUGUUGACUGUCCUGAGUGUUACCGCCUUAUCUACGUGGAGGUGAAAAAGCUUCGAGUAAGCUCAGCUGCCCUAGCCAACACAAUAGAUCGUCUACGAAGUGGACAUAUCGGGGACGCCUCAUUCGCCCAAAGACUUGCCAAUUCUAAUGACACCGUUAGUAGUUUGGUCUCUGAUGCAGAAGAGUCGCAAGAAAUAGAGAAGAAUGUAACGGAGCAGAUUAAGCAACUCAAUGAGACUCUGAAUCGACUGGAAGAAGUCUUGAUGCAAGAGGUCACACCUGGUGUGAACGAACUGUCUAGUAACUUGACUACUGUGGAACAGGAUAAGGAAAGAAUAAGACAGCUCAUUGCGCUGAUUCGUGAUGAAGUGCGUUACAGCAAUAAUCUUCUCAACAUGUCGAUCGAUCCUGCUGUCCUCGAGGUUGAAACUGUAAGCGAUUAUCUCAGCAAUCUGGUACCAAGGUUCAGUGGGCUGGCGGAUAAUUUCACGGCGGCUGCAACACGUCAAAAUGAAACGGCCUACAACAUCCAAGGUAAAGUGAAUAACGCUGACUCCGUGAUUGCAGAAGCUAAUACGGUGGCUGAAAAUACAGUAAAUGAGCAAAGCGAUCUUGAAAGUUUCCUUGAUGAACUGAAAAUGCGCGUUGAUGUGAUACAAGCCUAUGGUGAAGCCAUGAAUUCCACAGCUUAUGAGCUGUUUGUUAACGCGUCGACUGUCUUGUUACAAGCCAAUGAGACCAUAUCACAGGUAAUGUUGCUGGAUCCCAACAAUACAGUCACGGUCAGUCAGAUUGAAAGAGCGGCGAUGCAGGCGAGCAGGCAGGCACAAGAAGUAAUCUCAAGAGCCAAGAAUCUGACCCAGACAUACUCCAAUUUAACUGCACAAGUUGGGUUAGCUGUCGAAGAGGUGCAAGCUUUGAUGCUUCGUGUGGAAAACGCCGACUCAUCCGGGCAAGAAAUCGACGACACUUGCACAACGCUAAAUUUUAUUAACAUGUUUCCAUUCCAUUUCUUAGACUGUCCUGAGUGUUACCGCCUUAUCUACGUGGAGGUGAAAAAGCUUCGAGUAAGCUCAGCUGCCCUAGCCAACACAAUAGAUCGUCUACGAAAUGGACAUAUCGGGGACGCCUCAUUCGCCCAAAGACUUGCCAAUUCUAAUGACACCGUUAGUAGUUUGGUCUCUGAUGCAGAAGAGUCGCAAGAAAUAGAGAAGAAUGUAACGGAGCAGAUUAAGCAACUCAAUGAGACUCUGAAUCGACUGGAAGAAGUCUUGAUGCAAGAGGUCACACCUGGUGUGAACGAACUGUCUAGUAACUUGACUACUGUGGAACAGGAUAAGGAAAGAAUAAGACAGCUCAUUGCGCUGAUUCGUGAUGAAGUGCGUUACAGCAAUAAUCUUCUCAACAUGUCGAUCGAUCCUGCUGUCCUCGAGGUUGAAACUGUAAGCGAUUAUCUCAGCAAUCUGGUACCAAGGUUCAGUGGGCUGGCGGACAAUUUCACGGCGGCAGCAACACGUCAAAAUGAAACGGCCUACAACAUCCAAGGUAAAGUGAAUAACGCUGACUCCGUGAUUGCAGAAGCUAAUACGGUGGCUGAAAAUACAGUAAAUGAGCAAAGCGAUCUUGAAAGUUUCCUUGAUGAACUGAAAAUGCGCGUUGAUGUGAUACAAGCCUAUGGUGAAGCCAUGAAUUCCACAGCUUAUGAGCUGUUUGUUAACGCGUCGACUGUCUUGUUACAAGCCAAUGAGACCAUAUCACAGGUAAUGUUGCUGGAUCCCAACAAUACAGUCACGGUCAGUCAGAUUGAAAGAGCGGCGAUGCAGGCGAGCAGGCAGGCACAAGAAGUAAUCUCAAGAGCCAAGAAUCUGACCCAGACAUACUCCAAUUUAACUGCACAAGUUGGGUUAGCUGUCGAAGAGGUGCAAGCUUUGAUGCUUCGUGUGGAAAACGCCGACUCAUCCGGGCAAGAAAUCCUAAAGAAAUCACGUAGGGCUAGACAAGAAGCCAUGGACGCUGUACAACUUGCCACCAAGGCUCUUGAAGACGCUGAAGAAAUGUUACAGAUACUGCAGAAUUUCGAGUCCAAGGCACAGGAGGCGCAAGAGUUUGCUGACCUGUCGCUUCAGCGAGCCAAGGAAGCUAACACCACAAGCUUGAAUGCCAUUCAGUUUGCCCAGGGAAUCAACGCUUCCCUUCAAGCAACGCUAGCAACUGCUAAACGAGGCCUGGACCUAGCACAGCAAGCAAGGAAUAUUUCACUUGACGAGAAUCAGGCUGUGUCCAUUAUUCAUGAAGACGCAAGGGCACUUUCUCGUGACGCAGGCCAAUCCAAGUUCACAGCAAGCUAUUUCAGGCAAGUCGAACAGAACGUCACCGCCAUGAACUCCUCUUCUCAGGGACAGAUUGACGUGUGUAAAGGAAACUAUUCCAAGUUGGCUUCCAACGCUCUGCGAGAUGCUCAUUCUGCGAAGAGUGAGGCAGACAAAGCUGAUGUUGCUGCAAAGAACUUGAAAGCGCGCGUUGAUCGCGUAGUGUUAGAAGCUGGUAGACUACAGCAGGUGAACGUCACGAGGCUGAGUGAACUACAGAGCGAGAUACAGAGGUUACGUACGGAGUUUACACAAAAAAAUCUUGCGGACAUCAUUACAGAACUGAAAAAUGCCAAAGAGCAGCAACAGCAGUUUGUAAUGGAAUAUCGAGAAAAAGUCAGGCAAAGGCGAAUGGAAAUCGCUGAACUUAAACAACUUCACGCAUCACUGUCGUCAGUAACGUGUGACCAUUCAUCAUGAUAGUCUACGAAGACAGUGUAAAUUAACAAAAUGGAAAUGCAGCGUGCGGCGACAGCCUAUCCUGAAGGCUAUGAACAGACGAUUUGUACGACUGACAGUUAGGACUGGGGAUAGGGAAUCUCCCGUUUUGAUUUUCAUUAGGCAGGGUUAUCUGCACGCUGGUCUUCAAGGACUUUGGUAUCCGGGAUGCUGGACAAACUGAUGCCAAAUAGAUAUACUAGGAAAGGAACACUGAAUGAAUUCAGUCGAACGUCAAAUUUUACCUUGGCUUAAAAUUAUCAAAUUGUUACAGUUUUAAUUAUACGUAAAACCGGCAACGGGAUGUCACAACUCAUCACUCUCUUUGUACAGUUAUUCAUCAUAUUCUCGCAUGGGCCUAUCUCUGUGCGUGCCUAAUGAUAGGUAUCAAACUGUUAUCAGAAAAACCUUGAUCGACUCGCUUCAGAAUUGACACUCAGCUUCAAAAAGUUUUAGUCUAAAAAUUAAUGUCCUCAGUGACAAAAAUUAAGUAUAUCGAACUUGAAACUUUGUUAACUAUUAGGAGAAUUAUAUAAAUAGUAAAGGCGAUUUACGAUCGAGAUCUAGUGGCAGUUUGCUCACCGUUGCCGGGUAAUGAAGACAAACUUAUGUGUGUGUUCAGAUUCCCAUAGAGGUAAUAUUACGUUCUGGUCAACUGAACAUGAUUAGUUCAAUGAAGUGAAAACAAAAAAAAUAUACUAAAAUUUAUGGAAUCCUCAAAGAUAGCAAUCCUCGGAAAGCAAUCUAAAUGUUUGACUUGUUUGUUUGUUGUUGUUGUUGUUGUUGUUUUAACAAAAAACAAUUAUUUUGGUCCCUAUCGGAACUAUGAAGACAGCUUUGAUACGCCUUUUUAUAAACUAUUUAUUGAGUAUUUUUGACGCGUUAUCUUCAAAAAUUAUAUUUAGAUUAUUAAAUUAUUGCUUGUGAUUUCAAUCAUUUUUUUUUAGAUCAUGGACGGUGAGAUUCGUGAGAAACGCUUAUCUGAUGCUACAGUUUAAAACAUGAUUAUAUAAUAGAUGUUUCCAUUUUCGUCCUCAGAGCCCUCUUUUCGUUUUGUCAGCGGUGCGCGGUAAGAACUCGGACUCUGUCCAAGUCCGAUUUGAAAGUUGGCCAGAGUGUGCGUUCUUUUCGCUGGUCAAAAGAAAAGCAAGCAAGCUCUGGGAACGAUAUUGGGACUGUGUGUGAAAGGAACGUAAACCGAGACGACCAUGUAUAUACUUAAUAAUGCUUUACUUGUAUAUUAGAUUUGUACAUAAUUACUUUGUAUGUAAAGAAACAGCUUAAGCUUCAAAAUAAAACGAAUUUAUGAUUUUUGCCC